AUGGCUGCUCAAAGCUCUAAUGCACGCAAGGAUCAGGAUGUUUGGAAGCAUUUAUGGGCUAUGUCAGUGCCGACUGCAGUGAAGAAUUUUGCAUGGAGAGCAUGCCAUGAGGUGCUGCCUAUUCGUGUUAAUCUAAAGAAAAGAAAGAUAGUGGAGGUAGCUACCUGUCCUUGCUAUGAAGCUGCAGAAGAAACUUUAAUUCAUGCUAUUUGGGCUUGUCCAGCAGCUCAAGAUGUGUGGGGUUCUCAUUUAUCUUAUUUCCACAAGUGUAGUUGGGUAGUUUUGUCCUUUAGGGAACUCUUUGCCAAAGGAUUGCAGUUUUUUCCUAGAGAGAUUGUGGAGCUUAUGACUGUGGUGGCACAGCAUCCAGAUGAAACUUAUAGAGGAGCUUUGAAGUCUUUGGAAGUUUAUCGGAUGUGCAAGCAGAUAGAAAUCAUAAGGCAACCGAGUAUGGAACAAGUUCCUCAUAUUGCAGCCUGGUGUCCUCCUCCUCAAGGUACUGUGAAGAUUAAUUAUGAUGCUGCUCUAGACACACAACAGGGUUAUGUUGGAGUGGAGAUUGUUGCUCGGGAUCAUAUGGGUAUAUCGGAGCCUUGUCCAGAGAUUUAUGGUGCAAGCAAAGAUUACAGAGUCCAUGGCAGCUCUUGGAGCUGUCAUAUUCAGUAA